UCUCCAGCUGUCUCAGUGUUCAGGACCCCAGAGCUUCAAGUGUGUUUUGGAUAGAGUUGUUAAAGUUAGCCGAGUCUGUAACGUUAUAAUUAUUAGUUUAAAAGAUUAACUAGCACGAAUUUACAUGAAUGUGAACCACCGAAGGAAAGCGAAGAGCUAGCUGCCAUGACUGUAGUGAUCGGAUUUGAGGGCAGUGCCAACAAGAUCGGCAUAGGAAUCAUCAGGGAUGGCGAAGUGCUUUCCAACCCUAGACGGACCUACAUUACGCCCCCUGGUCAAGGGUUCAUGCCGAGCGACACCGCCAGGCACCACCGUGCUGUCAUACUGACUGUCCUGAAGGAGGCACUGGAGGAAGCUGGGCUGAAGCCUGCAGACAUAGACUGUGUGGCAUACACCAAAGGUCCUGGUAUGGGUGCCCCCUUGGUGACGGUGGCUCUGGUGGCUCGUACAGUCGCACAGCUUUGGGGGAAGCCGCUCCUCGGUGUCAACCACUGUAUCGGACACAUUGAGAUGGGCCGCCUCAUCACACAAGCCAACAACCCUACCGUGCUUUACGUCAGCGGAGGGAACACACAGGUUAUUGCGUACUCGGAGCGGCGGUACAGAAUAUUUGGGGAGACCAUCGACAUCGCAGUUGGCAACUGUCUGGACAGGUUCGCUAGAGUUAUAAAGAUUUCCAAUGACCCCAGUCCAGGCUACAACAUCGAGCAGCUGGCCAAAAAAGGGAGUCAGUAUGUGGAGCUGCCAUAUACAGUAAAAGGAAUGGACGUCUCAUUUUCUGGGAUUUUAUCUUUUAUUGAGGAAGCCGCUCAUAAGAUGCUGAGCUCUGGUCAGUGUGCAGCAGAGGACCUGUGUUUCUCCCUGCAGGAGACCGUGUUCUCCAUGCUGGUGGAGAUCACCGAGAGGGCCAUGGCUCACUGCGGUUCCGAAGAGGUCCUCAUCGUGGGGGGCGUUGGCUGUAACCUACGCUUGCAGGAGAUGAUGGGGGUGAUGUGCAAGGAGAGAGGAGCCAAGCUGUUUGCCACAGAUGAACGAUUCUGCAUAGACAACGGAGCAAUGAUCGCUCAAGCCGGCUGGGAGAUGUUUAAAUCCGGUCAGGUGACCGAGCUGGAAGACUCGUGGAUUACACAAAGGUACAGAACAGAUGAAGUGGAGGUGACGUGGAGAGACUGACUUGCUGGACUGAGCAACAUCUUGGUGCUACGUAUGUUGCUGCAGCCGGUGGCAGCUUGUAAGGUACUCCACUGAAGGGACACUUCAACUCUGGAAAAAAAUAAGCAUUUUGUAUAAAAGAGAACUAGAUUUGUUCUGAGAACUUUUUUUUUUUCUAUACGGCCUUUCCCCUUGACCUCCAUUACGGUUUACUCGUGUUUAAAGUUGCACAGGGCAAAUUCACUCUUUGGCGGCUGUAAGUAGUGUAGCAGUGCGAGAUGCUUUUAGAUUUACAAAUUUGUAGAAUUUUGCUACCAACACAUUUUUCAGGUGAACUACGCAAUUUCUUCUGGUCAGGAGAGGUGAUUGAGAAAAAAAAAAGUGCUGGCAAGUUAAGCUAUUGCCUGGCUGGAGCACUGCUGAUAUGGAACACAUUUUGUCACUUCCUUUACACCAUAGUUCCAGUCGUGGCUAGAAGGGAGCCCGCAAACUGGGGAAACUCUCGCGAGACUGUUAAAGUUUGGCAUUGACCUCUGACGGUUAAUGUCGGCAUCGACCUUAAGUGGUAAAUGUCGGGGAUAGGCCUCGCAGGGUUAAGGUCGGGCAUCGACCUUAAGUGGUAAAUGUCUGGCAUCGACCUCGCGGGGUUAAUGUCUGGCACCGACCUCGCGGGGUUAAUGUCUGGCACCGACCUCGCAGGGUUAAUGUCUGGCACCGACCUCGCGGGGUUAAUGUCGGACAUCGACUUCGAGGGGUUAAUGUCGGGCAUAGGCAUCCAACAGUUAAUGUCGGGCAUCGGCCUUGCGGGGGUUAAUGUCGGGCAUUUAAUGCCGAGUUUUUGCAGAUCUCAAAUCAGAUUUCACAGUUUGCGGGGUCCCUUCUAGACAUGACCCAUAGUUCCCUGAACUGUUCAUCUGAAACAGUUGAGGGGAGAGGUCAGAGUUACAAUAUUACUGACGCUUUUCAAUGACAAAACAUUUUUUCUGUACUUUUACCAUUUAUUAUUUGAUAAAGAUUUUCUGUUUAAGUU